AUGAAAUUUACGAUCUGGUUUGUUCCAGCUACGCUCUACUUUCUUUUGGUCCAUGGGCUCCACCUUUCUCGUGAUGCUGUCUUGGAAAGGCGAGCGAAAAUUGGCAAAGCUCGCCCUCGUCCUGGAUCUCCUGGCAGGAAUUCUCCUGCUCGCCCCUCCCAGUCUGUUAAUCCCGUUGACGAUACCUUCAACAGGAUGAGGAACCACAUUUUCUUGGGAGAGACACGCAAUUCCAAGUCAGGGCGCCAUCUUCUCUCGUCAUUCUGUGCCGCGAACCGGGGCGAGAAAGGCGAGUGCAACGACGAGUCGAAGAUUUGUAAAUUUAGUCGAAAGACCGUCUGGGACGACCGCCCAGGGGGGUAUACUCGUGCCGAUGUGGAGACCAUGUGCAAGGCAGCCAUCAAACUCAACUUACCUGGCAGGAGCACUGCUAGCUUCUUUGUUCAGACCAGGCUGGGGCGUCCCAUUUGCGUCACUCAUCUUGUCGCGAAGUCCCAGAAUUCCUGCUUCCCUCAGGGAGUGAAUUUCCGGAAAGACGUGGCGAAUUCGGGCGGAUCAUUCAAAAUUGGGGACCAUUGCCCUCCAAACGGGACUGGUGAUGAUGUUGACAAGGCCAACCGGAAGAGAACCGUCGACUGCAAGGACGUAUAA